AUGAUCACAGGUACUGUGGCGGAAAGAGAGUUCACAAAAGCACAGAAAUAUCCCAUUCCAGCCCACAGAGGAGUGUGGUUCCCCAAAGGUAUGCCUGAUAUAAAGCAUGGUAGAGAUAGAAGGUUCAAGCAAGAAGUUAAUUUGCCAAAGGAGAUAUUGGAAGGUGAUGCGGAAGAUCUUGAGAAUGUUGGACGUCCGAUUUCUGCCAAUCCAAGGAUUACCGAGGCUGACAAGAAGAACGAUCAGACUUCAUUAGAAAGAGAGCUUCCACGAACCUUGUAUCUACUCUUGAAACAGAACGGACAGUGGAAGUUCCCAACGUUUCAGCUUGAGAAUGAUGAAACUGCAUUAAAUCAAGUUGCAGAGAAUGGAUUGCGUCAACUAGGAGGUGAUAAUAUCAACACUUGGUCUGUUUCCGGCACUCCUGCAGCUGUUAUCAAGUAUGUUAACGGCAACAUUCUUCCAUAUGGAACUUCUGUUGAUCACGAAGGAGUUUCUAGAGAAUAUCUGAUGAAAUCGCAUGUUGUUGCUGGACAAUUUGUUCCUCAGCAAGGUAAAGGUGUCGAGGAAUAUAAAUGGUUAGUCAAAGAAGAAAUCCAGCCACUAGUGGAAAAGCCCUAUUUUGAUCAAGUCCGGCAUCUAUUAGCCCAAAUAUAG